CAUGUUUUCUAUGUGUUCGAGUUUGUGACACUUUUAGGCUUUAGUUUUCAUCUUUAUUUCACCAGUUUGUUGUAAUAAACGGCAAAAACUUGCCAGACCUGUAGACUGAUCGACCAGGCUUCAACAUGGCCGAAUUCGUGCAGCUAAACGUGGAGGAAAUGCUCCCAGAAUUGGAGCAAAUGGAAAGAGUUGGCCUCUUCACAAAACAUGAAACUCGAAAAAUAUUGAAAAAGCGCAAGCACCAUGAAUACAAACUUAGACGGCGAACCAAGGUGAAAGAAGAUUAUCUUCAGUACAUCCAGUAUGAAGUGAAUGUAUUAUCCCUUGUCAAGAAGAGAAGAGAGAGGACUGGUUAUAACUUCAAGAAGUUUGAGAUUGAUGUUGCCAUCGUCCAAAGGAUCCACAAACUAUUCAGGAUGGCCUGCUCCCGGUUUCAGGAUGAUGUCAAAUUAUGGCUGUCGCAUAUUGAAUUCUCUAAACAAAGGAAAGAGAAGGCUACCAUCAGUCGGCUGUAUACCAGGAUGUUACAGGUUCAUAGCAGGAAGCCAGAUUUAUGGAUCUUGGCUGCGAAGUGGGAGUUUGAAGACCAUGGCAACACAGAUAAUGCCAGAAGCCUUUUACAGCGAGGUCUAAGAUUCAACCCAGAGGCAAAACAUCUUUGGCUUGAGUACUACAGACUUGAACUUCUCAAUGCUGAUAAGUUAAGGAAAAGAAGGGAAAUUCUUGGGCUGGAAAAUGAGGAUGAGAAUGAAGAAACUGAAUCUGAUGUACAGGAUGCUGUCCUUGCUGGCCAAGUGGCUCAAAUCGUUUACAAGAAGGCCCUGGAAGCAUUCCCUGGUGAUGUUGAAUUCUGCCUCUCAUUCUUGCCCGUCUGUAAGUUGUUCGACUUCACACAAGACAUGACCGAGGAUGUCUACAAUGAAUUGAAGACCCAUUAUGGUGAUAGUCCAUUCACUUGGAAUGCUGUGGCAAGACAGUGCUUGGAAGAGAAACUCCUCAGUACAAACAAGGAAGGCAGAGUUGAAGAGAGGAUAGCCCUGGAGAAAAAAGCUUGCCAGGUAUAUGAAAAUGCUGUCGCACAUCUAAAUAAUGAAGUGAUGUGGACCGCCUACCUCCUGUUCUGUAUCGAGAGGAUACCUCUGAAUCCCGGGAACAGAAGCCUCACCGAUUCUAGGAUUGCCAGGGCGCUUGAGAUAUUUGAGAGAGCAGAGGAGGAGAAGUAUGUGAGCGAAGAGAUGUAUCUAGAAUGGAUUGCUGUCCUGGUGAAUACAUCCCAAAUCACAAGGGCAAUUGAGGUGGCAAACUUAGCUAGGAGUACCAAGUACCCAGCAUCGGUUCAGCUCUGGAUGGUCUCGCUGCAGUUGGCCAUUAGGUCUGACGCUCCUGAGAAGGAACUAUUUAAGAUCAUGAAUAAGGCACUGAAUUCUGUCCACAAAAAGGACGCCUUACCUAUUUAUCAACUGAUGAUCGACUGGGCCAUUGCAGCCAAGUCUGAGAAAAUCAAUGAUUUAUUUAAGGCUGGCAUGUCAAAGAGAAGCUGUGUUGGUUGUCCCAUCAAGGAGGUGUACGUCGAGUGGCUGGGUUUGACCAGGAGCAUCAAGAAGGUCAGGGAGGAGUAUAACAGGUUAUCAAAGGUCAAGCCUGUUUCUGUCAACUUCUUCAACAAGUUUAUCAUGCUUGAACGGUGUCAGGACCAGACAGAUGUGGUACGACUGAGGCAGAUAUACGAGGAUGCAAUCAGCGAGUAUGGAAACAAUAACCCAGAUCUGUGGUUGGAUUACAUCAAACUUGAACUGACGGAGGGUGAUGCGAUGAAUUCUGGGAAGAUUCAUUGGAGAGCCAUGAAGCAGUUGGAUGGGAGAUUAACAGAGGAGUUCGUAUCGCGGCACACCAUACUACAGACGGGACACCAGGACUGAAGCAGUUUGUGUCUGUUGUAGUUACGGACUUUCUCUCACCAUAUGGUGAUGACACCUGCCACUCCAGACGAUUGUUGGUCAUGUGCAAGAUUCAUUUUGUGUCAUUCAAACU